UUUUAUUUUUGGAGAAGAAGCAGGCGGAUGACAAUGAUAAUACGGAAAAAUAAAAAAGGCUCCAUCCACAGACGUAACGCCAGCUGAAAUUUCUUUAAAUAUCCGCAACUCUCUCACUUUUGUCAUUUGUGUUCCUUCAGCUCUGAGCUCAGAUCCUGGCCAUCCUUUAAACUCUCAACUUCCAAGUCAAGCUGGUGUUGACUGAUAAAAUGGGGGAGGAGAAUUCUGGGAUUGCAAAGGAUGUCACUGAAUUAAUUGGUAAAACACCAUUGGUGUAUCUCAACCAUGUUGUAGAUGGCUGUGUAGCAAAAAUUGCUGCUAAGCUGGAGAUGAUGGAACCCUGCUCCAGUGUCAAAGACAGGAUCGGAUACAGUAUGAUUAAAGAUGCUGAGGAGAAAGGUCUCAUUAAGCCGGGUGAGAGUGUCCUGAUUGAACCUACGAGUGGCAAUACUGGCAUAGGAUUGGCAUUUAUGGCAGCUGCUAAGGGUUACAAACUAAUAAUCACCAUGCCUGCUUCAAUGAGUCUCGAAAGACGAACCAUUCUUCUAGGAUUUGGGGCUGAGCUUGUCCUCACAGAUCCAGCCAGAGGCAUGAAAGGGGCUGUUCAGAAGGCAGAAGAGAUAGUGGCAAAGACUCCCAAUGCUUAUAUGCUACAGCAAUUUGAAAACCAUGCCAACCCAAAGGUACACUAUGAAACUACUGGACCAGAAAUCUGGGAAGGCUCUGGUGGUAAAGCCGAUGCUUUUGUUUCUGGGAUAGGAACAGGAGGUACAAUAACAGGUGUUGGGAAGUACCUCAAGGAGCAAAACCCAAACAUCAAGCUCUAUGGUGUAGAACCAGUUGAAAGUGCUGUUUUGUCUGGAGGGAAACCCGGCCCUCACAAGAUUCAAGGAAUUGGUGCUGGCUUCAUCCCUGGAGUUUUAGAUGUCAACUUGAUUGACGAAGUUAUUCAAAUAUCAAGUGAAGAAGCUAUAGAAACUGCUAAGCAGCUUGCAUUGAAAGAAGGUUUGCUGGUGGGGAUAUCAUCCGGUGCUGCUGCUGCUGCUGCAAUUGAAAUUGCAAAGAGGCCAGAAAAUGCUGGAAAGCUCAUUGUUGUGGUCUUCCCCAGCUUUGGAGAGCGUUAUCUAUCCUCUGUGUUGUUCGAAUCUGUGAAGCGGGAGGCUGAGAAUAUGGUUUUUGAGCGCUGAGAUGUUCUGUAGCUUCGAAAGGAACUGUACAAAUUUCACGAUUUGCGAGGCAGAGAGUAUGAUUAUCAAGCUGCGCUGUGUUUUCGCUUUGAUUGCUUUUGCUUGUUGACAUGAGUCUCAAUAAAUGCUAUGAAGAAUAAAGUGCUGCCUUUUCUGUUUGUAAUAGAAUUUGAAAACAGUUUGUAUGGCUUACUAAUUCAAGAACCUUUACAUCCUUGUGAGAUUAUUCAAGUUGGUAUGAUGUGUUUUAAGAAAAUUAGCAGCAUUUUCUCAUAAAUAUUAUGCAAGGAUUGGUA